GCUGGAGAGGCCUGCCGGAUCCGCUCCGGAUCCGCUCCGGCGUGUUUCCAACCCCUUUUCCUCCAUCAGCCAUCGAAUGCGUAAGCAAAUCAUCUUUCCAAAUCCUCCUGCUACAUCUUUCUUUCUAUUUCUUACUAUUUUAUCGUUUUAAACCAACACACCCUUCUCACACAUUUUUUGUUUCUUCAAUAGCCUCUGUUGUCUUUGCUCAGCUUUUAUCUUAAAAUGACCACCUACGAAAAAAUCGUCAAGGGAGCAACAAAAAUCAAAAUUGCUGCUCCGAAACCAAAGUACAUCGAGCCAAUUUUACUAUCAACUUCUAAUAAUGAGGAUUUCAGAACUGUUUUAAGGAUUUUAUCUAUCAGAUUGCAGGAUUCUUCCUGGCCAAUCGUCUUUAAAAGCUUGAUUGUAUUACAUAUAAUGAUUCGAGAAGGUGAAUUAAAUAAAACUUUAAACUUCUUGAGCAAAAAUAUCAAAAUAUUUAAAGUUUAUCAAAUUAAUGAGUAUAACAAUCAAUAUAUCACUGGUAAUAAUGAUUAUAAUGUUAAAAAUUUGAGAAAAUAUUCAAACUAUUUAAUAACAAGGUCAAAACAAUUCCAGCUAACAAGAAUAGAUUAUGUUCGGGAUGAGCGACUAAAUAACAACACUUUACAUAAUAAUCCCAAUGUAGGUGGUAGGUUAAGAAAUUUAUCAAUUGAAAAGGGCAUAUUAAGUGAAGUUGAAAGCGUUGAAAAACAAAUUGAUUCUUUAUUAAAGUGCACUUUCAAAGAGUUUGAAAUAUCUUCAAAUGAAAUAUUAUUGACUUCUUUCAAAUUAUUAGUCAACGACUUAUUAUCUUUAUAUCAAUCAUUAAACGAAGGGGUUAUCAAUCUAUUGGAACAUUAUUUUGAAAUGAAUUUUAAUAAUGCUAAAAGAGCUUUGAAAAUUUACAAAAUUUUUGUAAAUCAAACAAAUGAUGUAGUGUCUUAUUUAAGAAUUGCUAAACAUCUAGAAAACCUAACUAAACUACACGUACCUACUAUUAGACAUGCACCAACUGCACUAGCAAAUUCCCUAGAAGACUAUUUAAAUGAUAAAGAUUUUGAAAUUAAUAGAAGACAAUACUUGUUGGAAAAGGAAAAUAAGCAAAGAGAUAAAAACAAAAAUAAUGAUAAUUACAAUAAUCAAACUAAUUCUAAAAAAAAUGAAAAAACAUGGAUAAAAAAAGACUCUUCAAAAUUAAAUUCAAAUUCCGUCUCUAAAGAUGUUAACGUUAAUGAUAAAAUUAAAUCUACCAAUGAGAAUGAUACCAAUGAAUUAAUAGUUCAACAAACAGGUUAUAAUCCUUGGGCUUUAGCUUUGCAAGGUCAAAAUCAUAACUUAAAUCAAAACCUGCAGAUAUUGGUUCCCGUUCAAUUUCCAAUACAACAAUUUCAACAAUUACCUAUUUUGCCAAUUCAAACUGGUAAUCCUUUUAUAAAUUCAACUCCACUUCCAGGGAUAAACCCAUCUCAAAGCUUAAACCAAAUUUCUCAAGCCCCUUUUUCAAAUCCAGCGUCAUUACAAAUGCAACAAAUGCAACAAAUGCAAAACUCAAUAAACAAUCAAUUUGCUAAUCAACAGUCUUUAUCAAAUUUAACUGGCAGUGUUUUGACAGCAAAAAGUAGCGAACUGAAUUUGGAUAAAACUAUUAAUCAAGAUGGUUUACCCAAGCAUAAAACCGGGAAUCCUUUCUCAUUAGACAGCAUUGAAAAUAGCAAUCUGCAACCUACUAAUAACACUGUAAAACGAUCAAAAACUAAUCCCUUUGCUUCUUUUAGCAAUAGUAGUGAUAGUGACAAAUAUAAACCAAUUGAAAAUAAUAGCAACAAAGUUUUGAUUUCUCAAAUCACAGGAACUAAUCCAUUCAGUUCUUUUAACGGCGAGAAACCUAAUAAUGAUUUAAAUUCUAAUAAUGGUAUUUCAAGCUUAAGUGGUAUCUCAACUCCUUUUGAUGAUAUUAACACUGGGGCCCAAUCUAGUACCAAUUUUUUCAAUAAUAAUAUUAAGCUAACUCCACAGUUUACAUUUGGGGGAUUGGAGAAUUUAAAUACAGUACCUGUUUUUGAUCAAACUAGACAGCAAGCACAAAUUGAUUAUAUUAAAACUCAGAGGACAGGAAAUAUGAUUCAGUAUAUGCAACAGCAGCAACAACAACAACAGCAAACACAAAUACAAAUACAACCACAAGUUGCAAGUAUUGGUAAUACAAUGCUGAAUAACAAUCUCAUGAGUUUCCAACCCCUUGAAAUGCAGCAACAACCCUUGCACUCGCAACAAUUUCAACAAACAGCUGUGUAUAAUAACAAUGUCCCCAGUUUGAUAUAACAUUAGUAAUAUUCUCUUUUUUUUCUCUUUUGUCUUGCUGCUUUUUUCUCUAUAAUUAUUUUUUAAAAUUUUUUUAUUUCUUUAAAAUAAACAACUGUUUUCUAGUCUUUUGAAUUUUUUGUAUACUAUCUAUAUAUCAUUUAUCUUGUUUUAAACAUUCCUUUUUGACUUUAUGUACUUCGAGUUUUAUAU